CCGGUUGCGUACAGUGCGUGUGUACCGUCGAUGGCGAUGACCUGCCAACUGGACAGCCUCAACAUGGUCACCGAUGGCUUGCUGACGCUGCGCGAAAUGCAGCCCAACGUGUUCUACAACAUCCGGGUGGAAAUGUUGCGCGUGGCAAACAAUCCUUCCGGUGCGUUUUUGGUCCGCAUGGGCGAAUUCGUCGACCGAGUGGAAAUAUACACGUUCCACGAGCAGGUGUUCCAAAUACUGACCGGCACAAACCUGACCAACGUGGAAGUUUUCGAGGGGACGGCCCUGAAACAGGUGAUUAUCGGCGAGGGUGAUAUCACGAUCGAAGUGCUGACGUUCUACAACGCCAAGCUCGAACGUAUCCCACCGACGAUCCGCAAUUUGCCGCUGCUGACGGAUGUUUCCAUCUCGCGCUGUGCGUUGCGCAACAUUUCGCUGAAUGUGUUCGACAAGAACACCCGCCUGAAGUGGGUCGAUCUGAGUUACAACGAAAUUGCGACGAUCAUGCCCGCCGGCAAUGCGGACGGCGAUGUUCCGCUCUCGAUCGAGAACCUUUACCUGUCAUCGAAUCGGCUCGAAAACAUCGAUAUGACCGCAUUCGCCGGGCUGUCCAAGCUAGGCAUGAUCGAUCUCCGGUACAACAACCUCAUGGUGCUGGCCGCCGACCGUACCAUCACGUGGUCCAACAUGGAGAUGUUGGAUAUCAGCUACAAUCAGCUGCGCACGAUCGACCUGCAGUGGUUAUCGGCACCGAACCUCAAGCGGCUGAUACUGAGCAACAAUCUGCUGGACAAGAUCCCGCAACGAUUGCGCCGCUUCCCCAACCUGCAACUGAUCGGGCUUAGCGACAACCGAUUUGCGGGCAUCGAUCUUGCGCCGCUCAACGGGCUUCCCGAGCUAAAUUCGAUCGACGUUUCCAACAAUCCCGCGACCCGGUACAUACGAAGUUCGCGCCCGCUGCGACUGCCGAAGCUGGACACGCUGUACGCCGAGGCCUGUGCCUUGGGUCGGUUCAACACCAGCGGCAUUGAUCUGCCGGUGGUUAGCUUCAUCAGCUUGGCGCACAACAACUUCAGCACCGUACCUCCGUUGGGCAAAGCAUUCCCGACGAUCGAGUCGUUCAGUUUGGUGGACAAUCCGCUGUCCUGCAACUUGCUGAAGGCACGCGCAGACAUCAUUCUGUCGGGGAAGUUAAUUAUGGGACCACCGCAGGAUGCAAGCGAUUGUCCGAACGGGUCCACGCUGGUCAAGGAAUCGUUCUUGCUGUGCUGUAAAGCUUGA